AUGGACGUUUCCACUACUCCCGGCGGUGGUAAUCUGGAUCACCGUAAAUUACUAUAUCAGAAAUACGGCUACGACAUCAAUAAAUUAAUACGAACCCAUGAAAAAUACGAAUCGAAAAUUGAUUCAAUUGAUACCGAAUUUAACAUCAUUAAUGAAGAAUCCGAUAAACAAGAUUAUCGCCAACUACUAAUUCAAAAUGAGCCUGAAGCUUACUUUACUAAAAAUUCAGCAAAGAGAUCCAAGAAGAGGAAUAAUGACCAAGGGUUUAGAAACUUUACAAAAGUUUCAAAAUCGUUCCGUAACUUAGAAGAUUCCGUCAAGAAACAAGACACCAGUUGGCUACUUAAAGAUGUGUUACGAUAUAUCAAGUAUCGAUCAACAAAACUCGACCCAUUUAUAAUCAAACAUUUCACUCCAAAGACACCCGCCGCCACCACUGCGCAAAGCUUUAUUUUACGAAUUGUUGAAUUUGGUCAGCCUACGAGCCUGGGGGACAUAACUGCAAUACUCAGUGAUGUUACGCACAAGAUCUGUGUUGUGUUCCCUAGUAAAUCAAUCUUCAAUUAUCUAGCUUCUGGUGGACUACCAUUCACUGAUGCGUAUUCAAUCAACAACUAUCUCCUCAUCACAAAAUCCAAUUUGAAAUUUGCGACUCACGAGUUUCUCAGGACUCAUUUCAAUUUGGAUUAUGUUGAUCCUAAAAUCCGGUAUUGCGUGUUACGUGUGCUAGAGUUUAAGUUUAUGUAUAGCGUUGAAUACUUACUUGCUAGUCGAGUUGAAGGUGCUCCGCCAUGGGAAAAAGUUGUUAACGAGAAUGGAUCACAGUAUGAAGUUUACGAUCAUGAAGAUUUCGAUCUUGGUGGAGGGGGGUCUAUAGCAGGAGGGGUCUAUGGUGGUGGCUAUGGUAGUAGCUGUGGGGGCGGCAAUGGGGUUCCUAAGUUUAAUAGGUUUGCGUUAAAGUUGGUUUAUAAUAAUGAGUUUUACAGAAGGUUGUGUUAUUUGAAACCGCUGGAGAGAUGA